CGUUAACACCGAUCUCUAUGUUGCGAUAUUAGAGGGAUAUUUGACUCUAGAACUUGCGAGAUCAAGAAUAACGAAUACGAGAACUUGGUUCCAACAAGACGUUGCGAUCUGUCACACAUCAAAUGUUUUUAUGGCUGCCGUGAGACAAAUGUUUCCUGCAAAACAAAUUUCCAAAAGAAGUGAUAUCCCUUGACACCCACGUAGCUCUGACUUGACGCCAUAAAGUCUACAUGAACAAUCCGAGGGACAUCAAUUAGCUGAAGGAAAAUAUCUUUCUAUUGCGCCACCCUGUAAAUAAUUAUUAUCGUGCAUUUCAUGUUGAAUAUUUUAAACGCGAGUAUUCAACCACUAUGCGUUGUUUGACACGAUCAAUUUUAAUACUGAUAUGAGAUUUUACAAUGUGAUGUUACGAUCGUAUUUCAGUGAAAAUGGUAUUGGAUAUACAAUUGGAAGGGUACCUAUAGGUAUGACUGAUUUUUCGUCUAAAGAAUAUAGUUACGCCGAAACACCUGAUGUUAAUUUAACUAAUUUUCAACUAGCACCAGAGGAUUUUGAAUAUAAGAUUCCUUUUAUCAAACAAGCGAGAGAACUAACCGGAGACAAUUUUAAAUUGUUCGCAACCGCUUGGACUUCGCCUAAAUGGAUGAAAGUUAUCGAAAAGUUUACAACAAUUUUCGGAACACUGAAACCGGAAAUGUAUCAGUCAUGGGCUUUGUAUCACUUGAAAUUUUUACAAGAAUAUAAAAAAAAUAACGUAUCGUUUUGGGGUAUCACCACUGGUAAUGAACCUAGCGUAGGAUUCACUUUAUUCAAAAUACCUUCAGUGGCGAUGACUCCCAGUCAGAUGGGUAAAUGGAUAUCGCAAUAUUUUGGACCUACUAUAAGAAAUUCCGAGUUUGCUGAUAUCAAAAUCAUCACUUUUGAUGAUGUAACUGCAAUGCUUCCUCUCUGGAUUGUUCUUAUGUUUUUUUUCUAUCCUGGUGCCAAAAAUUACGUUGACGGUAUUGGUAUUCAUUGGUACUACGACAAAGCAAUGCCAAAACUUGUAUCGCUCGAUGGGACACACGCACUUUAUCCUAAUUUAUUUAUACUUGGUACUGAAGGUACUAGAGGUGAAAAGCCCUUCGAAAAAAAUGUUAUCUUGGGCUCAUGGCAGAGGGCAGAGGAUUAUGCAAGUCAUAUAAUAGAGAAUUGUAAUUAUUGGGUAACCGGUUGGGUUGAUUGGAAUUUGGCAUUAGAUUGCGACGGGGGUCCUACGCUAUCUGAUGGUGUCGAUUCCCCUAUAAUUGUAAACGCCACCGCUGGGGAAUUUUUGAAACAACCGACUUACUACGCUAUGGGACACUUUUCGAAAUUCGUCACACCCGGAUCCAAAGUUAUAGAAGUUUCAUACUUGGACGUAUUUAAGCAAGUAGCAGCUUUCCAAAGACCAGACGGUGGGAUUGUGGUAGUUAUAGCUAACACGAGACCGUUCGAUGAUAAUAUUAGAAUUGUAGACAGAAAUAAAAAUAGAGGCGAAGUUUCACUUCAUGUUGCUGCUCAUUCGAUAGUCACAUUAUUAUAUUGGUAAUAUUUGAAGAAAAAAAUAUUUUUGUAAAUUAUUUACCAAUUAUGCAUUAAUAAAAACUUUUUGAUCAAA